AUGCGGGUUCCAUUCAUUGCUUUCCUGAGCGCACUGCUCAUUCUCGUGACCGACUUCGCCUUUGUCCAAGCUGGCGUCGUCCCUCUAACCACAGAUCAGAGGUGGGGGCUCAACAUCCAGAACAUGGGCCGCUCCUCCAAGAAGCUCAAGCCUCUUGUCUGGGACCCCAAGCUGGCCCAGGACGCCGCCGCCUACGCCAAGGUCCUCGCGCGCACCCAGAAGCUGCAGCACUCUGGCGUCGGCGGCGAGAACCUGUUCUACGAGUCGAGGGGGAGCGCUCCCUUCUCCGACGCCGCCAAGGCCUGGAUGGCCGAGAAGCCGCUCUACCACAACGAGAUUAUCCCCCAGGGCAACUUUGCCGCCUACGGUCAUUACAGUAAGCCCGCUUUCCCCUGCUCUGCGACUCAAUGCAUGUGGAAGUCGACGACCAAGGUAGGCAUGGGUGCCUACAAGGAUAGCAAGGGCGGUAUUUGGGUCGUCGCCAGGUAUGCAGCAGCGGGCAAUAUGGUUGGCCAAAGGCCAUACUAA